AUGCUUGCGGGCUCCGCUCCAACGGUUUUUGCUCAAGGUUCUUCACGUUUCUUCAGGGCGACGAAGCAAUCUGUGCUUUCUGAAUCUGUGCCAUGCCAUCAAGGCUUGCGAUGCAGCUCUCGAGCUGGACACAAUGUGAAAGCGCUUCACCGAAGAGCAGAAUCCAGAAUAAGGCCUGUCAAAUCUACGGCCUAUGACCAUGACUUGGCCAUCAAGGAAUUAGCCCAAGAGAAUCGCCCGGAUCCGUCGAACCAAACUGUGGAGCACCUCCUCGUAAGGCUUCGUUCAGAGCGCAGCGUGCAGCGAGAGAAGGAUGUCAAGACGUUCACAGGCAUGUUUGAUCGUGGGCAGAUUUAUGACAAGGUCCUGCAGGAGGCCAAAGCGGCUGCAGCCUCGUCGAAGGGCGGCUCGCUGAUCUCGAGUGGCGUCCCAUGCGCUGCAGCACGACAUAUUGAAAUCCGACGAUGGAUCGAAUAG